AUGGAGGCAACAGCGAUGAGCUUGGGCAAGGCUGUGCUGGGCGGAGCGCUCAGCUAUGCCAAGUCCAAGGCCGCAGAGGAGGUUGCAUUGCAGCUCGGCGUUGAGGAUGACGUGAUCUUCAUCACCGACGAGCUGCAGAUGAUGCAGUCCUUCCUGAUGGCAGCCGAUGAGGAACGAAGCCAGAGCAAGGUGCUCACAACCUGGGUAACGCAGGUCCGCGACCUGGCCUACAAUGUGGAGGACAGUCUCAUGGAUUUCGGCCUCCACACCGGGAAGAAGCCGAUCUGGGGGUGUAUCCCCCGUAACUUGUGCGAUCGCCGUCGCAUUGCCAAGGAGGUAAAGAAGCUAAGGGCCAAGGUCGAGGAUGUAAGCAACAGAAACCUGCGCUACCGCCUCAUCAAGGAUGGCUCAAACUCCAGGCCUGCCGGUGCGGCGGAUCAGGCUGACUCUGAUGGUGCAGCAGUGCUUAGCAUAAAUCAAGCCAUGAUUGCUGCCGUAGAGCAGAAAAAGUCCAAGGCAGACCUCCUCCAGCUGGUCACUGCCAAGGAGGUGGAGCUUAGGGUGAUGGCCGUGUGGGGAACAACCAGUGAUCUUGGGAAGACGGCCGCCAUCCAUGAGGUUUAUGAUGAUCCAAGGGUAACCUCGAUGUAUGGAUGCAGGGCAUGGGUUAGGCUGAUUCACCCUUUCAAUCCAAAAGAGUUUAUUCAUAGCAUGGUAAGGCAGUUCUUUGAAAAUUUUCAUGAUCAAGGGGGGAAAGAAGUAACAAAUGUUGGGGCUAGUGUUCUUCUGAAGAUGGAGAAUAUGAAUCAAAGUGAUUUAGUGCAUACGCUUACUGCUCAGUUGAGUAGCAAUAGCUAUCUAGUUGUAAUAAAUGACCUACGCACAGUAGAAGAGUGGCAAUGCAUCAGAAGAUACUUCCCUGACAACAAGAAACAGAGCAGAGUCAUAGUGUCGACUCAGCAAGUUGAGGUUGCAAGAUUAUGCACAGAACAACCGUACCAAAUGUCCGAGCUCAAGCACCUGCCGUAUGACCAAAGACUUUAUCUGUUCCAUAAGAAGGUUGCUCUUUCAUCAGAGCCCGUGCCCAUCUGUGACCCAGCAACGCCUAGUAGUGAGAUACAGGAAGAAUAUCAAGAACCAGAGAGUACUGGUGCAAAUAAUUUCUUUACUUCAACUGCUGGAAAGAAGUUUGAUCGCACUAGGACAAUAGCACUUAUUGAUGAUGUGCUUGUUGGGCGAAAGACAGAGAAAUCCAUAGUGAUUGAUUUGAUUGGUCAACCUAUGGACAUGCAAGGCUGCAAAGUUAUAUCUGUCUGGGGAAUGGGAGGCCUUGGGAAAACAACUCUUGUCCGAAGCAUCUACCGAAGCCAAGAACUUGGUGGCUGGAAGCGUGCUUGGGUCACUGCUCUACGUCCUUUCAACCCUGAAGUGCUCAUCAGAACCUUAGCUUUGCAAUUAUUGACAGAUGAUCCUACUGUAGCAAAUGAAACAAAACAGGAAAGGAAAAACCUAGCAACUAUGAGAUUGGAUGACUUACCAGAAAAGUUAAGCCAGCUUUUAGAAGAGCAUGAGUGUCUCAUUGUUCUUGAUGACCUGUCAUCUACUAAAGAAUGGGACUUGAUUCGAGGCCAAUUGGCAAAAGCUAAACGGAUCAUAGUCACCACAAGAGAAAAUAGUGUUGCCAGAUAUUGUUCGGGAGGAGACAUGAACACGCACCAACUCCAAGUCCUCCACCAAGAAGAGGCACUUGCCCUCUUCAUGAAGAAGGUGUUUAAAGACAACGUUGAGAAGUACUAUUUAGGCCCUGAUAUGUUGGAUCAAGCAGCACUAAUCCUGAAGAAGUGUCAUGGACUUCCCCUUGCAAUAUCUACUAUAGGUGGAUUCCUAGCUACUAAGCCUAAAAUUGCCACAGAAUGGAGAAAGGUCAAUGAUCACAUUAGGGUUGAACUAGACAUCAAUCCAAAACUUAGGACUAUAAAGACAGUUCUUAUGAGGAGCUAUGACGGUUUACCAUACCAUCUCAAGUCCGCUUUCUUAUACAUGUCCAUAUUUCCAGAAGAUUACAAAAUUAAGCGGAAACGUUUGAUAAGGAGAUGGAUAGCUGAGGGUUACUGUAGGGAAAUGCGUGGCAUCACUGCAGAGGAAGUUGGUGACAAGUAUUUUGAUGAGCUUUUUGAUAGGAGCAUGAUAUUGCUAUGUGAAGGGGAAAUUCAGUAUGGUGGGGCAAUUGAUUCUUGCCAGCUUCAUGACCUCAUCCGUGAAAUAUGCAUGCUAAAGGCUAGGGAGGAAAACCUUGCUUUCACUCUAGAGGAAGGGUGUUGUUUGAGCGAUGCACAAGGUACAAUACGUCAUCUUGUCAUAGGCAGCAACUGGAAAAGAGAUAAAGAUGUGCUGGAGAGCAUGGUGGACUUGUCGCAUGUACGGUCAUUGACCGUGUUUGGAGAUUGGAAAACAUUUUUUAUUUCUGAUAAGAUGAGGUUUCUCAGAGUGCUGGAUUUGGGCGAUACCUUGGGGUUAAGAGAUCAUCAUCUUGAUCAAGUUGGGCAGCUCUUUCACCUGAGGUACCUUUCUAUACGAGGAUGUUGCAACAUCUUCUGCCUCCCUAGUUCUUUGGGAAAUCUGAGACACCUCCAAACUCUGGAUGGUAGAGGUACCAAAAUAGUUAGAUUGCCAUCUACAAUCACCAAGCUACGGAAGCUAGAACACCUUCUUGCAUCUGAUGAUCAUUUGGAAAGAAGACAACAGGGCCAGGAAGAUGAUAUAAUGGGCCAUCUCGAUGAAUAUGAAGGAUCAUCAUAUUUUUCGCUACGUUUUUGCAGCACUGUUUUCAUGAAAAGUAUUGAAUCUAUCAUUCCAGAUAUAAAGGAUCACCUAGUUGAUGACCCAAGAGUAUCCUAUGAUGCCAUCGCGAGGAUUGUCCAAGAUGCUUUCCUUUUGUGGCAUAGUGAGAUAUCAGAUGGCUCCAGAGGCAGUCUUCUCGAGGAAGAUGUUCCCAUCAGAAAGCAUAAUUGCUGCACAUCUUUGCUAUACCACAUUCGCAUGCGUCUAUCGCAGACCCUCUUUUGCUUGCUUAUUUGCCUUUUCUGUUGGAGGCCACAAGCUUUAGAUGAGGGUUUGAACAGGCGAGAUGUAUUGAACAUACAAUCGGCCUUCUUUAGGCUUGUAUUAGGGGGUGUUGAAGCUCCUAGAGGAAUGAGAAAAUUGAAGGCCCUGCGUACACUAGGAGUUGUCAAUGUUGCACGGAGCAAGACCACUCUGAAAGAGCUUCAAGAGCUUACUCAGCUACGUAAGCUUGGUGUGGCUGGAGUGUACAGCAAAUACAGCAAGAAGUUCUGGUCUGCCAUUUCUGGUCACAAGCAACUCCGAUCUCUGUCAGUGAAGGGUCAUGGAUUAGAUAGUUAUUUGGGUGGGGAUUUGUUGCCGCCAAUACACCUUGAGAGCCUCAAGCUGGAGGGCAAGCUGGUCAGAGUAAUUGAGUGGAUCAAUAAGCUUCAGAAUCUAUUGAAGUUGCAGCUGGAGGAUACCAAUAUUGACUCAGCUGUUCCCAUACAAGCUAUUGGACAACUACCAAAUCUUAAAGUUUUAGAUCUGCGUUUUGGGGCUGUUACGACUAUUGAAACCCUCCUUUUCCAAGGUCCAUCCUUCCCGAGUCUCAUGGUACUGGAGCUCAAAUAUGGGUGGUAUGAGGUGGUAUCAUUUAAAGAACACGGAAUGCCCAAGCUCGAGCUGAUACGUUCUGACAGUUACUAUUUGGAGGAAAUGCACGGGCUAGCAUUUCUCCCAAGCCUCAAGGAAAUUCGGCUGGGUAGUAGAACCAGAGACGGAUUGAAGACAAAUUUGCAGAGCCAGCUCAAGGAAGAUCUAAAACACGUGAGUCUGAAGCUGUUAUAA